AUGAUGGAAAUCGCACCGGAAACCACCCAUCCUGCUGGGGUAACCACGGUCGUGCACAACACCGAGGAAAGUGAAGAGCAGCCUGCAACUGGAUAUAUGCAAGGAUGGGCUCUUGCUUCUUUGACCUUGGCCUUCAUGUCCAUUUGCCUCGUGCUAGCUAUUGAUAAUACCAUCCUAUCGACGGCGAUACCCCGUAUAACCAGCGACUUCCAUAGUCUUAACGACAUCGGCUGGUAUGGCACAUCCUACUUGAUCGCGCAAAUGGCCCUGCUACCAACCUGCGGCCGCCUCUACGCUUUCUAUAACAUCAAGUGGGUGUACUGCAUUUCCCUGGUGAUCUUCGAGAUCGGCUCCAUAAUCGCGGCAGUCGCCCCGAAUUCUAUAGCGCUUAUCAUAGGGCGAGGGGUGUCUGGCCUCGGCGCUGCUGGUUUGGUUAGUGGGACGACGACGAUUCUGUCAUAUUGCGUGUCUUUGAAAAAGCAGGCGAUGCUGUCGCCUAUCGUCCUGGGAAUGUACAACAUUGGGUCAGCUAUUGGACCACUCGUGGGUGGUUCGAUAACAGAUAACAAGGCGCUCACAUGGCGGUUUGUUUUCUGGAUUAAUCUCCCCUUCGGAGCCGUUGGGCUGGUUCUGGUCUGGUUCACCUUGAAGAAACCUCCACCCGCAGUAAAGGGAGACCUACCCUGGGCCCAGAAGCUACGUCAACUUGACCUUCCGGGGGCUACUCUGUUGCUCGGUUCAACAUCGUGUUUGAACUUGGCAUUACAGUGGGGUGGGAUUGUCUACCCAUGGUCUGACGCCAAGGUGUUUGGGUGUAUGAUCGGAUUCGGUCUACUUUUGAUUACCUUCUUGUGCUUGCAAUUCCGAAACAAAGAAAGCUCGAAUAUCCCUCUUCACAUCUUUCGAAGUCGUACCGUAUCGGCUUCAUGCAGCUUCAUGAUGCUCGUUCAGGUGGCUAUAGUACUCCAAUCGUACUUCUGGCCCAUAUACUUCCAGUCGGUCAAAAACACCAGUGCCAGAGACUCGGGAAUCAAUCUUCUCCCGUUGAUUGUAUCGAACAGCCUCGGCACGAUCUGCUCGGGCUAUAUAGCCUCGAUAUUCGGGCACUAUGUACCGUUCAUGUGGACCGGACCUCUGGUACUAGCUACUGGAGGGGGUCUAUAUCAGCUAGUCCGCGUCGACAGUCCGCGCGGACACUGGAUAGGAUUCCAAGUCCUCUCUGGGCUUGGCUAUGGUAUCUGUAGCCAAAUGCCAAUCCUGGCUGUACAGGUUGUUCUCAGCAAGCCCGAUAUACCAACGGGCCUUGUCAUGAUCAUGUUUUUCCAGAUGCUUGGGGGUGCACUAGCCCCUAGCGUUGGGCAGAAUCUCUUCACUGACGGGCUUCUGCAAAACCUCAGCAAGGUGCAGGGAGUAGAUAGUGCAGCCGUAGUGGCGGCCGGUGCAAGUGGGUUUAGGGCGGUGGUUCCUUCCAGGCUGAUGGAUGCCGUCGUGGAUGCAUUUAAUUCUGCUUUGAGGAAAGUGUUUUGGGUGGCGCUUGCUGCUCCAGUCCUUGCUUGGAUAACAAGCUUCGCAAUGGAGUGGCGGCAAUUGCCUGAUUCUAAGAAGCAGAGUACCCAACCCCCAGACGAGGAGGUCGCGGAGAAAUAG